CGUGCGUCCCGGAGAGGCCCCGGGUGGCUCACCGCGGCCGCCCUGUUUGCUCGCUGCCCCGCGGGAGCCGUCGGAAGGACGCCGGGCUCGGCAGCAGCCGGGGGGCGGCCCACAAAAUGUCUGCAAAGCCAGAGAACAUGAACACUGCUUCGGUGCUGGUGUCAUUUGAAGACGUGGCUGUGGACUUCACCCAGGAGGAAUGGCAGCACAUGGACAAUGCUCAGCGGACCCUGUACAGGGAUGUGAUGCUUGAGACCUAUAGCAAUCUGCUGUCCUUGGGGUAUGAAAUGACCAAGCCUACUCUGAUCUUCAAGUUGGAGCAAGGAGAAAUGCUAUGGACGGUGGAAAAAUGUGGACACUGUACACUUUCAUAUUCCCACAGAAAGGAUGAGCUGCUUGGUGAUAAUCAGGGACGUCAAGAAAUAAGCUUCAGGCAAGUUGUGAUCAUGAGUACAAUUUAUCACUCGCAAAAGGCUUUAAAGUUUUUAACAAACAAAAUUCUAACAAAGGUUGUUAAAGAUACUUAAUUGAAGUUCUGGCCAUAUUUGAAACUGAUGGUGUGAAUGGGAACGUGUACAGAAAAGAAAUUUGAGGAAUAUCAUUUAUUUCAGAGUUGCUUUU